GGGUACGAAAGGGCCGUAGUUGGUAUUAACGCGUCGGGUUCGAGUGGCGAUUUUUUGUACCGGUCCUGAUCGAAAUAUGACAAAAAGGGAUCAAGUUUUGAACUUUCGUGGCAAAUGGUGAUUGGUUUUUGCGCGUAUAACUUGAAGUUUCACUAUGGUUUCGGCAUUCGGUUCGGUGUUAUUUGGUAUUGCCCUCUUUUCAGUUCGCGUAACUUUCGGCGUUCCUACGGAGGACCCCUACUUUAGUAGGAGCCCGAAAGACACUUCGGUUGUGGCCGGGGCUUCUGUGACUCUACCCUGUGAAGUGACACCCAGCGAUGGGAUCCUUUACUACUGGGAAUUGAAUGGUUCGAAGGUGGUGAACACCACGCGUAGGCAUAUGCGGGGUAGCGAUUUGCAUAUAACCAGGGUGGAUCGCGAACGUGACGUUGGCGAGUUCACUUGCAUAGCAGAGGAUGUAUCAAGACGCAACGUUCCCAUCGUCAGUUCUCCGGCAUCUUUAUUAGUGGAAUUCAUCGAAGACCCGGAAGUGGUGCCGAUCGAGGACGCCGAACAUCCGAAGGAAAUUAAGCCCGGAGCUGAGGUGGUUCUUCGAUGUCAUUUGGAAGCUUCCGGCGACGUCCGCAUCGAGUGGUACAGGAACGCAGAUCGGCUGACCGCCACCUCUCGCUUGGAAAUGAAGAAACGAAGAUUGGUGAUUAAGUCGGCCGAAACGUCGGACAACGGCGUAUACAGGUGCACGGCUAAGAAUGCCGCCGGUACCAAGCGCAGCGCCAAAAAUUACGCCAUGGCCGUACCAGGCGACAACACCGCCUUAAUAAGGGAUAUCCCAGCGGACCAAAUAGUGAAAAAAGGCUCAAGUGCUUAUUUCCAUUGUUCUUAUCAACUCGCGGACGUUCUGGAGUGGUAUUUCAAGGAGACCGGUCCGUUGAAGACCAACGACAAGCUGACCGUCCAUUCCAACGGCACCCUGCAGAUUAACAACGUUCGUGACACGGACGAGGGUUGGUACAAUUGCGUCGGUAUCAAAAGCGAGUCCUCCGACAUACCUCAAAGCUACACUGCCGAAUUGAAACUAGCCUAUUUGGAACCGUUUUCUGAUAAAUCUUUCGAACCUCCUUUGCAUAACGACGGCGCCGUAGUAGUGGGCAGAGGGUCGUUAUUUCAACUCACUUGCUUGGAACCCUCGAGUUUGCCGCCGGCCAAGAAAUGGUGGCAGAAUCCCAACGGACAUACCAUUUCGGAUAGGGGAGAUGUCCACGUCGACGAUGGUCGACUAAUUAUUGAACACGUCAAAGAGGCAGACGCAGGGAAAUACACUUGCGUCGCAGAGAACAUCGCGGGAAAAACAGAAAAAUCGGUUGCAAUAGUCGUAACGACAAAACCCGAAAUCUUAUCGGACCCGUCGAGCGUAACGGUCGACGAAAACGAAAUGACGGAAUUAAUAUGCGCCUACAACACCACCUGGGACAAAUACACCAUCGUAAAGUGGCGUAAAGACGGGAAAACGCUGCGGCACGAUUUCGACGAGAAUAGUUCCAACCACCAGAGGAUCAGGGUGUACAAACACAACGGCACUCUACUCAUUCAGUCGGCUCAGACUUCCGAUAGAGGAGAGUACGUCUGCGAAAUCAUUACUGCUGGAUUCGAUCCGGUUUUAUCUCAACCUGCCACUAUCUCUGUCAUAGAGCAACUCAGAUUCGUUCCGCCUCCGGUCAACAAGAAACUAGAGCUGGACAGCGUGGCUAAGAUCCAUUGCAAGGCGCAGGGCACACCACCGCCCAUAGUCCGAUGGGAAAGGGAGGGAAAAUCGUCGGAAAACUUCCCUAGCCACGUGUCUGACAUUAAUGGAACGUUACACUUUAACAAAGUGACGUCCGAAGAUAAGGGAAGGUACAGCUGCAUCGCUAGCAACAGUCAGGGGACUAUAAACACUACUAUAAACAUCGAUGUCGUCGUGGCACCCAGGUUCAAAGUACCUCUCAAAAGCCUGGUCGAGGUCACCGAAAACCAAGCGGUCAUGAUCGAUUGCGUGGUAGAGGGCGAUCCCGAGCCCACGAUUCAGUGGGACAAAAAUUUGAAAAUGAACGACCUCGAUUCAUCGAGGUUCACGGUACUGCCUAACGGUACCCUCUACAUUACGGAAGUCUACAGAGAAGACGAGAACAAGUACGGAUGUACGGCUGGUAAUAGCGCCGGGCUAAACAGGAAGGAGGUGCAGCUCAUUGUAAGAAGUACCGAUGGUUACCAUCCCGGCUCAGACGGAGACUCGACUGUCACGAAAGCAGUACUUAUCACGAUGUCGGUGGCCGGUGCCUACAUUAUUCUAGUGAUCGGGUUGAUGGUGUGGUGCCGAUACAGACGCAGAUCGAGGAAGCUUCCCAUCGCAGACACGAAAUUGGAAAACGGAGACAUGGAGCAUGGUGAAAUUAAAACGGGAGGAGAGAACGGUACCGGGCCAGGCCCGUCGAAACCAUCAACGAACGGAAUCGAAACGCACAAAGAGGGUCAGAAGAGCGACGGAGCUGAAACCUGCAACUCCCAGGGGUCGACCCAGUCGAAAAAAUCCAAAAGCAACUACGACAAACUCUCGCUCAGCCGUUCGCUGCUUAAAGAAAUGACCCUGAUAGGUCGCGGCGAAUUCGGCGAUGUCAUGGUUGCGAAGAUCUCUCAGAGCUCGUUGGUCACUUUGGAGAAGAGGUCGUCCGGUACUUCGAAUGAAGAGAUACCGGAGAGUAAGGAGGACAAGGAGGUGCCGGUGCUGGUGAAAGUUUUAAGUCAAACCAAGGAGGAUAAUUGCUUGGCCGAAUUCAAGAGAGAAAUAGAUACUUUGAGUAAACUGAAUCACGAGCACAUUACGAUGCUGUUGGGGCUUUGUCGCGAAGAAGAACCCCACUAUCUGAUUCUGGAACAUACGGAUUGGGGCGACCUCAAAAAGUUCUUGGUAGCGACCAAGGGCGACAGCCCGCCCCCCUUGACGACCGGGCAAUCGGUAGGAAUAGUCCACCAGCUGAGCAGGGGUAUGGAACAUUUGGCGCACAACAGGAUGAUCCAUAAGGAUUUGGCGGCGAGGAACUGCUUGGUCACGUCCACUUUGGUGGUCAAGAUCGGCAUGCCCAGGCUGUCGAGGGAUCCCUACAGUCAGGAAUACUGCAAACAUAUUAAUCAGGUUAUCCCGCUGAGAUGGCUUCCGUACGAGGCAGUUUACGAAGAUGAAUACUCCACAAAGAGUGAUGUAUAUUCCUUCGGCGUCGUCAUCUGGGAAGUGUUCUCGCAGGGAGAACUGCCUCAUCCGAAGAUCAACGACAACACCUUCCUCACCAAAUUAAAGGAGAAAAAGUUGGAAUGGAAAUCUCACCCAUCGACGCCCGAACCUUUGCAAAAAUUGCAGGAUGCGUGUUUGGACGUCGAUCCCCAAAAGAGGCCGUCGUUCGGCCAGCUAUCGAAAGACCUUGACGAAAUCUUCAAGUCGUUGUAAAUAGAUUGCGACGUAGCCACAAAAUGCAAAUAAAAACUGUACUAAAUAAACAUUGACGAAUUAUAUUCGGUAAUAAAUAGCUUCCAUUUAGUAGUAACGAUUAGGGAUUUCAAAUAUUGUAGGUAAGUUAUUAUCCCGUAGGUUUUUAAGUUUUACCCGAUCGUUUCGCUUGUUUCGUUUUUUUCUUAUAUAGAUUUCGGUUCCAAAGGAUCUCAAACGCUAUAAAUAGUUUAGAGUUGUGCUUGGAAUUCGCCAGAAAAGGCACUCGGACAAUUAACAAUGGGAACGCUGAAGUUAUUGUUUUAAACGUUAUCAGUAUUCCUCGAUUUUAAAAAUAUGUAAUUAUAAUGCAAGCACACCAACUGGGAGGUUAAUAGACUUAUUAAAAGUGUAACGCUGUUUACUAGAUAUUGUACAUAUCAUUUUUUUUUACGUUUUUUUUUUAUUUAAUUUUUUACUGUCUAUGACGCGUAGUCAUGAGCAUAUCAGUUAGAUUUACGAUUUUUUUGUAUUUGUAUAUUUAACAAUUUUAAGCCACUAAACACUGCCAAAAUACUCGGAAAACGACACGACACUAUACCGACAAAAGAAAACGCUCAGCGUCAGGACUGCACCAAAAGAAAUAAAAAAUUUUCUGAAAUUGACAUUGCAGAAAAAUUACUCGGGCGAGAUGAGUUGAAUAUCGACAAUUUUGUUAUAAAUUGACACGUUCCUCGCCGUAAUAACUUCGAGAACCACAGACAUGAUGUCGCAGCUAAAGGCACCCUAAAAGUGCUCAAUUUUUUAAAAAAUUAUUUUAAUUUAUCACUAAACUAGGAAAAGAAAACGAAUUUAUGUUUAUAAAUCUGUGUACAUUUUAAAAUAAGAUACUUGUAGGAUAUUUCUAGAUUGUAAUGGUACUUAUUAGAAUAAUUAUUGAACUAAUCCAUGUUAAUUUAAGGUAUAUUUGUAAAUUAUACCAGUGAAAAAACUGAAACAAUGAUUGAUCUGUCCAUACGAACCAAAUCGAAUAUGUAGCGAAGACCGCUUCUGUAGCUUUUUAUAAUGAUUUUAUAACGUAUAAUUAGAGUGAUGUCCAAUUUUUUACUUAUAAUUAUGCAUAAUCAUCUCUUGUGAUAUGUAUUCUAAAUUAUUGAUU